CAUGCCUGGUGUGGAGGAUGGUACAGCAAGAUUCUUGGAAUUGCUUGCAGGAAUAAGGAAUGGGGAGCACACAUUGCCUAGCUCAUUUGUCUAUCUGCUUAUUCCAGACCUCUAUAGCAAUCACGACCCCGUAUACUUUGUUGGAACAAAGAAAUUCUUUUCGAAGAUGGGUCUAGCUUGCCAUAUUGCAAAAAUUCAGAGUGAGGCAUCUGUUGAGUACAAUGCAUGGGAACUCAAGCAAUACAUUGAGGAGCUUUACUGGGGAUCCGGUAAGCGUGUGAUGCUGCUGGGGCAAAGCAAGGACAUCUAUUGAAUGUGAAUGAAACAUUGGCUUAAGUUCGUGUCUACAUUAACUUAAGGAGAGAAGACACUGAUGCAAAAAGCAGAUUUCUUAUUAACACCUGAGAUUAACUAAAGAGUAGAGAAAAUAAAUGAGUAAUCGUGUCCAUGAACAACUUUAGAAGAAAAAGGGAUAAAACAGUCUCGACACGAACCAACCAAAACAACUAAAAUCUUUUGUUGAAUUCCUCAUUGCCUGAUCUCACCUUCAAAUGCUACUAUAACGAAUUCUACUGGGUUAAUUCGAGUAUUCUAAAACUAUAAAUACCUAAAUCUGCAGCUUCCCCUCAAUAAAUAAAUACACUAUGGUGAGACCAGGAGAAGGGAUCACACACAGAAGAGAUACACUCAAGAUCCUCAUUUCAUUGGGAGUCAUGCACAUGGAAAUGUCACCUUUGGGGUUGAUCUGAACGCUGCUCCAGAAGUGGUGCUCGGCCCAGCACCAUUCUCAAUCGGAGGAGAAGUGCCCCAUCUUCCUUUUGAUUCUAAUGGCUUAAGUACAUGCACUCGGCUUGAAUUUCAUGAAAACAGAACCGUGUUCUUGGCUUGAAUUUCUUUUGGUUUAUUGUCAGCUUGGGGUGAUAACAGCCCCUAUCUUAGGUUGAAUCGGCAACUUAUUGAUAUUUAUGGAUUCUCAUGCCUUUGACUGACUCAUAUCAUGACAGGCUCCUUGAGCUCUCAAUGUAGCCACAUUGUGAAUGUUA